AUGUCCAAGCGCCAAGAUCAGAACGAUCUGAGUGCACAUCCUCCGAUAGCGACAAAGCGUCGUCGACUCGCCCCUGGCUUCCGUGCUGCUCAUAACAGGGACUCUGAGCCUCAAAACACCACAUUGUCGAGCUCGUCAACUCAGUCUCCCGCAAAGCCACAGCAGCUUCGUCCUGGUUUCCGCGCAGCUCGGUCUCAAGAGCAUGAAAAUUCAGUGACAAACUCACGCAUCACCACCCUCACUCUCGGUGCAAACGGACGCCUCAUAGGCAGGCACAAAAUUCGGAGUCAUAAUCCAUCAGUCUCCAACCCAACCCCCAUUUCCAAACUCCUUGAGUGGCUCUCAUUCCGCGAUGCCACGCUUGAUGAGAUCUUGCGUCACGACGGUCUCGGAGACUUUCUUGGGAAUCAACUAUGCAUGGGGUGUAACGAGGAGACAGGUUUAUUCAAAUGCAAGGACUGUUCGAGUGGAUGCCAUCUUCGUUGUCAGGCUUGCGUUGUCAAGGCUCACUCGGAGACACCGUUGCACCGAAUUGAAAAAUGGACUGGUGGAUUCUUUGACAAAACGUCCCUCAAGGAACUCGGAUUACGUGUUCAACUAGGGCACGGCGGGGGCAUUUGUCCUUGUUCACCACACGGCCCACCGAACUUCAUGGUUUUCGACACCUCCGGCGUUCACGUCGUAAAUAUCGACUACUGCGACUGUCCAAAAGACAAUGUCCCUGAUCGAAAAACUCAACUUUUACGACAAGGCUGGUUUCCGGCAACUUUCUCGCGGCCCAACACAGCUUUCACAUUUGAUUGUCUUGAUACAUUCCACGAACAUACCCUGCAAGGAAAGGGUAAUCUUUAUGAUUUUUACCAUCUUCUGGUACGCAAAACAGAUAAUGCUAAUUUAUCUAAAACUUUCUAUCGAUAUAAGGAGAUACAUCGCGUCUUUCGCAUAUGGCGGAACCUCAUGGCCCUCAAACGUGCUGGCCGUGGACAUGAUCUGGCUGGCGUAGACAACACCUUACCUGGUAGUUUGACUGUUGAGUGCCCUGCAUGCCCGCACCCUGGCCGUAACCUGCCCCAAAAUUGGCAAGAGGCCGGCCCUCUCAUGUUUCUAUACAUAUUAUACAUCUCAGUCGAUGGGAACUUCAAGCUCAAAGGGAAAGAUCGUGGUCUCAAGGAUGUUGAGCUGAUGCCAGGUUGGGGACCCUUCGUCGAAGAGUCCGCAUAUCAAGCCUUUAUCGCAGAUUAUGUUGAUCAGCCUGAGAUCAACACAUGUGAGUCCGAGCACGAUGCUAUCGUCCGCGCGCAGACACGCUGUACACCUGGUUAUGCCGUCUCGGGCACCGUUAUUGUCAUCUGCUCCAGGCACGCACUUAUACGAAGAAAUGGGGCAGGUGACCUGCAGAAGGGCGAGAAAUAUUGUAACGUUGAUUUCAUCAUCUUCGCCGCGCUUGUCGGCGUCAUGUUACCAUGGAUUUUCAUCACAUAUGACAUCGGCUGCCAAUGGUCGACGAACCUCCAAAGUCGUAUGUCUGAGUUCCCUGAGCACAUGAAGCUUCCGUCGGACACGAAGGUUACUGUUGCUAUUCCCAGCUGGCACAUCAACAGCCAUGGACGAAGGUGCCGAAAGGAGUUCUGCUUGGGCCAUACAAAGGGCGCUGGUAGGACACGUGGUGAGGAGGUGGAAACUACGUGGUCCAGUACGAAUUCUCUUGCCCAGAGCGUGCGAGAGAUGGCACCUGGGGCCCGCCAUGAUACAUUGAACGAUCAAUGGAAUGGUUGGAAUUUCCGCAAGAUUGUUGGCUUCCGUACACUAUUUGUGAAACGUUUUAAAGAAGCCAUUCUCAUGAGUGAGAAACAGAAGGAGAUAUUUAAUAAGUUUUCGUCAACAUUCCCCCCUGAGACCGUCGUCAAAUGGGAACAAAUGGUCAUCCGCUGGGAAGCUGACCCCAAGGCCCCGAACCCUUACGACGAACCUGAGGCCAUGACCACUCUCCAGGAUGUGCGGCUCACAUUGACGCGAAAGGAGACCCUUGAACUCGUGUCUGGUCGUAAGCCGAAGCACAAAGUCACUCUGAUGGGUUAUUUCUCGAUGGGGUUCGAUAUCGAAGACCAGCAGUUUAUUCUAAAAGCAGAAAUGUCACGAUUGAAGGGCAAGAAGACCAGCAAACAGCUCGCAGAUCUCGAGGAGAGGAAGAGCACCCUUAUCCGACAUAUCCAAAUCUGGAGACCGGUACAACUGGCUUACACCCCUCACGUUGUCACGCUGCUCCCUUCACUACACACCGUUGAUGACGCUGGCAUUCACUAUGCAAACCCAGAGUCGACAACUCUUUUUUUCCCAUCAUCGCUUCCACCUGAGAUGCAUCGACUUCCUGAAUUAAAGGAAGUAUGUGAUGCCGAGCGCAGUUUACGUGAACCGCAAGCUCACGAUGCCCUUGCUGACAUCCGCUGCCUACGUCGCAUCAUCCAAGGCUUGUGGCAGUUCAAGAAACUCAACGUUUCCGGAACUGGAAAUCACCCAAACACGCGGAUGUUAGGCACGUAUAGUCGAAUCGAGUAUAAGCUGCAACGUGCAGCUAAUCGGUACCGUGUUGCGUACACUGUGUUGCUAGCUCUGGACCCUGAUGGUGCAUGGAAGGAGCGCUUGAAGGAGCUGAAGCCUGCAGAUCUUCGGGGUCCUGGAAAAGAUCCCAACAACGUGGAAGAUGGGAAGACAUCUAACAGCCAAUUUACACCAUCAUGGAUCUGGCUGGUCCCUCGCCCACCUCACGAGAAGGGAGACAAUCAAACUGAAGAUGAGUUCAACGACAGUAUGCGUGCGGAAUGGGCACAAACAAGGGCACGUAUGUCUCGUUGGGGUGAGGAGGUUUUGAUUCUCCAAGAGGAGAUGCGGAGAGUGCUUGCAUUUUUUGAAUGGAAGGCUACAUGGUGGUUACAACAAGGUAUCCGAAGACAAGGUCUUGAGUCAUCAGUCCAUAGUGGUAUCGUUGCGUAUGCUCUCAAGCAAGCUGCUAUUUGCUCACGUAUGGCUGCUCGAUGUGCAGCGUACUGGUUGCCGGUAAUGGAGCGGUAUGGCAUCACUCCAACUUGGGCUGAAAGGUACAAAGAUGAACCAGGGGCUCCUCUGAAUGGUGAUCCCUCUAGUUCGGACUCUGACUCUGAGCAUGAGGUGGAUGUUGGAGAUGACAAGUCAGAUGUCGGUGAACCCAAUGUAGAUGAUAUCUUUGACUUAGAUUAG